AUGUCCACCACGGCGGAAAUCCUCGAACAAACCACCGCAUUCUUAACCGAAACACUCGAACAACCCGAUAUCCGAACCGCAAUCUUCAUAACCCUUCGUGCCAAACUUUCUCCAUCCCAAAAUCUCAAUCUCAAACAACUAAAUUUAGCAGCCCAAACACUCGAAAACGCCAUCACGACCACGAACACGACCGUCAAAACAUCGUCUUUACGUUUAUCCGAAAAGCUUCUUCUUUCAUACCCACAAAACAUUUUUUCAUCUUUUUUAUUGUCACUUAUAUACAAACUUUGUCAACGUGACAUUGAUGCUUCAUUUGAAUUAUUAAAUGUUUUUGAACAAGACCCUACAAUUGCGCGAUUAGAAGUUGCGCCGAAAUUGUUUGAAAACAUGUUUUUGAUAAAUUUUGUCCCUGUUCUUGAAUGGUACAAUGAACAAAGAUCAAAGAUUUUGUCAUCUUUGUCUUCUUGUUCGGGUUAUGAAAGUGAUGAGAAUUCGGUUGUGAUGGAUUCGGUUGUUUCGUGUACUACUUUGUUGUCGAAAAUGAAUGGAAACCAAGCUUUUGAAUUGAAGGAGUUAGAGAGGGAUUAUGAGAAAGUUCUUGAUGAGAAUUGUAGGGUAUUUGUUGGGUAUUUUAAAGAGGUUUUGGGAAAUAAUGAGGAUGAAAAUCGAGUGAUUGAUCCGCCUUUGAUUGUUCUUGAACCGGUUUAUAGAGAUGGUAAAUAUAAUCAACAAGAGAAGAGCAUAUCGACUGUAUUUGGAUCGAAGAAUGGACGGUAUAAUCCAAUAUGGACAGAUGAAGGAGACCAAUCAACAGGAAACCAAAUCAACAAAACAAAAACUUAUUCAAAAUUUCCAUCUUUCUUCCCUGAAAGAGUCUCUCCAAGGGUUUUGACUAACCAAAGGUCAUCAAAACCGUCACCAAAUAAUAAGGACGUUGGAUCAGAACCCGACGAUAAUUCUUAUUCCAUGUCUUCUUUCGAUUCAGAUGCAGAAUUAGAGGGAAAAAACAUUGAAAUAACAUCUUUGGACUCGAAGCAAACUCAAUCUCAGAAACAGAAAGAACCCAUCAUAACAGAAUCAAGUUAUUUUGAUCCUCUCAUGGAAGGCUAUGAUAACCCGACUAAUGAAGGAAAACACACACCGCCAAAAGAUUUUGUUUGCCCAAUUACAACCCAAAUAUUCAAUGAUCCAGUCACUCUAGAAACAGGUCAAACUUAUGAGCGAAAAGCCAUUCAGCAAUGGGUUGAAAGAGGGAAUUCUACUUGCCCCAUAACUAGGCAGAAGCUUCACAGCACUCAACUUCCUAAAACAAAUUAUGUCCUUAAAAGACUAAUCGCCAGUUGGAAAGAAUUAAAUCCUAGCAAUUCCGGUUUACCAGAAAAUGAGCCAGUAUAUAUCCCCGAGUUGCCUUUGACUUCACCUGACAGUGUGAUUAGCCAAGCAACUACCGAUGGAAUGUAUAGUGAACUAAGGGACGCCAUUACUAAACUUUGUACUUCUGAGGUGUUAAAAGAGGCAGAAACAGCAGUCUUUAAGAUUGAAAGAUUCUGGCAAGAAUUACCAGAAUCAGACAUGGAGGUUGAAAUCCAAACUAUGCUUUCACAACCACCUGUUAUUAAUGGUUUUAUAGAGAUUCUUUUUAGUUCUAUUGAUACCCGGGUGUUAAUAGCAACAGUUUACAUCCUUUCUGAGCUCGGUUCACAAGAUAACAAUGUGGUCUCGACACUAACAAGGGUAGAUUCAGACGUUGAAUGUGUCAUUGCCCUUUUCAAAAAAGGUUUAUUUGAAGCUGUUGUUUUGAUAUACCUGUUAAAACCGUCUACUGUGAUGCUUCUUCAAAUGGAAAUGGUGGAUUCCCUUUUGAGUGUCGUUAGUAAAAAGGAUGAUGAGUUUUUUAAAAUGUGUGUGAGACCAAAAGCAGCUGCGAUUUACUUGUUGGGACAGAUUGUGGCUAGUGGUGAUGAUGGUGCUGUUUUUGAAGUUGUUAAAAGGCUGAUUUCCGGGAAAGUAAUUGAAUGUAUUAUUAGUAGUUUGGAAUCUGAGUGGAUCGAAGAGAGAAUCACAGCAGUACGUAUAUUGUUAAGAUGCAUACAGGAAGAUGGAAAGUAUAGAAAUGUGAUUGCUGAUAAGGCUGAACUUGCUCCGGUUUUAGAGAUUCUUUUUGGAGCAAAUGAUCAAGAUCGAUUCGAGAUUGUACAGUUUCUAUCUGAAUUGGUUAAACUAAAUAGGAGGACAUUCAAUAAUCAAAUCUUGCAUAUUAUCAAGGACGAAGGAAGUUUUAGUACAAUGCAUACGCUCCUUUUAUAUCUACAAACAGCUGCAGCUGAUCAAUUGCCUAUUGUCGCCGGUCUCCUCCUCCAACUAGACCUUCUGGCUGAACCAAGAAAGAUGAGUAUUUAUAGAGAAGAGGCUAUCGAUACUCUUAUAUCAUGCCUUAAAAGUUCAGACUCUCCAUCUUCUCAAAUUGCAGCUGCUGAGACUAUUCUGGCCCUCCAAGGCCGGUUCACAUCUUCCGGGAAGCCCCUUGUUCGUACCUGUCUUCUUAAACAUGCUGGACUUGACAAAAGUUACCGAUCUACUAUGCGAAAAGAACAACUUGCGGCCAUUUCUGGAGAGGAAGAAGAGAAAGCUGCCGAGGAAUGGGAGAGAAAGACAGCAUUUGUUUUGGUGAGCCAUGAAUUUGGUCUUAUAUUUGAGGCUUUAUCAAAAGGAUUAAAGAGUAGAUAUGCAGAAAUUUGUUCUGCAUGUUUUGUGUCUGCAACAUGGCUUGUACACAUGUUGACACUUCUUCCCGACACGGGAAUUCAAGGAGCGGCACGAUCUUGCUUGCUUAACCAUUUUGUGUCGAUCUUCAAGUCUGCAAAAGAUACAGAAGAUAAAGCUCUUUCCAUGCUUACUCUUAGCGGUUUCAUCCAUGAUCCUGAUGGACUACGGGAUAUAAAACCCCACAUGAAGGAUAUCUUAAAGGGUCUAAGAGAGUUUAAGAAGUCAUCUACGGUGGCAUUCGAAACGCUAAAAGUCUUUUCAGAAGGGAGUGAAUCUAGUGCUGAUCUAUGGAAUCAUAAAGAACUAACCCAACAAGAUUGCAGCGCUAAUGGAGAAGUUCUAUCCGUUGUAUGCAUUAAAGACAAAAUCAUUUCGGGACAUUCAGAUGGCACGAUAAAGGUCUGGACCGGUAAAGGUGGUGAUCUACAACUGAUACAAGAAAUCCAAGAACAUUCGAAGGCAGUUACUAGCUUGACUGUUCUGCAAUCCGGGGAUACCCUAUAUAGCGGAUCACAUGAUAAAACUGUCAGGGGGUGGUCUAUUAACAAAGAAAUGAUUCAAUGUGAGCAAGUGUACGAUGUCAAAGAUCACGUUAACAAUCUGCUAGUAGCAAACAGCAUUUCAUGCUUCAUCCCUCAAGGCGCUGGAAUCAAGAUUCAUGCCUGGAGUGGAUCAUCGAAGCUACUUAAUGCUAGUAAAUCAGUCAAGUCUUUGGCUCUUGUUCAUGGGAGAUUGUAUUCAGGAUGUCAGGAUAAUAGCAUUCAGGAAAUUGACUUGGCAACAGGCACUUUGAGUACUAUUCAAAGUGGCUCCAGAAAACUGCUAGGAAAAUCUAAUCCGGUCCAUGCCUUGAGUGUUCAUGAUGGACUCAUAUAUUCUACCAGCUCUUCUAUAGAAGGAACUGUAUUGAAGAUAUGGAACGCUUCAAACUAUACUCUGAUUCACUCAGUGUCAUUGACGAGUGAAGUUCGCACAAUGGUGGUUAGCUCAGAUAUGAUUUAUGUGGGUUGCAAAGGAGGGUUUGUGGAAGUAUGGUGUAGGAAGAAACUCAGUAGAAAAGAAACAUUACAAACUGGUACAAAUUGUAAAGUUAUGUGCAUGGCUCUAGACCCAAACGAAGAUGUCUUGGUGGUUGGAACCUCUGAUGGCAUACUUCAGGCUUGGGAAGUGAGUUAAAGAUCUUGAUGUAUAUUACGGAUGGUAGGAUGAUAGAAACAGAGGGGUGUUGGCUAAAAUGCAUUUCCAAAAGUUCAGGAUUUAGCUUUGUUUGAAGGUGAUAUAUAAUUUGUAUAUGUAUAGUCCUAAUUAUUUGUAACUACCUUCUGUUGUGCUCAGUUGCACUUGUCGAAGUGAUUGAGAGCAUUCAUGAUGGUGUAAAAAGUUCUAAUACUGUUCUGUAAAGCAUCAGUAUUGUGUCAAUAAUCAGGCGGCAAAAAUUCCGUCCUUAGGUCACUAGGAAAAACAACCAUUUAUUGUGUGUUGUGAUUGUAUCCAUGAUUCUUUCUAUUG